AAAAUUUAGGGUUUGGAUAGCGCGAGAAGAGAUGACGAACUUGAAAAACCUAUAACAGGAGCCGAAUUUGUGUAUGUUUGUUUGGUGGGGUAGUUGGAGGUGUUGAUUGUUGAAUUUGAAUAGGGAAAGUCAAUCCCAAAUAAUUAGAUCCCUGGUUCGUUCAUGCACGCUUCGGAUCCCGACGUUUAAAAUUAUCAUUAAUAAUUUCAAAGGGAAGAAAAUAAGGAACAAAGUGAAGCAAUAAACAAUGAUUAUUAGUUAACUGAUUGUUAAUUCUUUCAUUUUCGUAAUCGUUAAUGGUUUCGUAUUUUACUGUGAAAAUUGGUCAUUCCUGUUCGAUACUCAGCUGUAGCCUGUGACGUGACGUGAGGGACGAAACGAGAAAAAGCGUCUGAAACGAGGAUGGUUGCGUUGAACAGACAACAAUUGGGUCAAUUGGCUUUCUGACUACUCUCUUGCUUCUAGGUUUGCGUUUUCUUCCUCUCAACAAGACCACCGAAGCGCGUCGCGGGAGGAGGAGGAGGAAGAUGAGAAAUUCUCUGAAGAAGCUGAGGGGAUUCGCGCUUCCGCGCCAUGGCGAGCGCGGUGCCGGGAGAGACCGUCGUCUUCAGCAAUCUCUGGCUCAAUUGGACGAGCUUGCCCGUGCAUCUCAGGACAUGCAAGACAUGAGAGACUGCUAUGAUAGCUUACUUUCUGCUGCAGCAGCAACAUUAAACAGUGCAUAUGAAUUCUCAGAGUCAUUGAGCGAAAUGGGUGCUUGCCUUCUUGAGAAGACUGCUUUAUACGAUGAUGAUGAAAGUGGUAAAGUUUUGCUAAUGCUGGGAAAGCUGCAAUUUGAGCUUCAGAAACUUCUUGACAAAUAUCGGGCACAUAUUAUCAAAACAAUCACAGUCCCAUCAGAGUCCCUUCUCAAUGAACUUCAAAUAGUAGAGGAGAUGAAGAGACAGUGUGAUGAAAAAAGAAGUGUAUAUGAUGACAUGAUAAUGAGACAAAAAGAAAAGGGGAAGUUGAGAGGCAGUAAAGGAGAGAGUUUUCAUUCUAAAGAGUUACUAGCAGCUCAUGAAGAUUUUGAAGCGGAGGCCACUUUAUUUGUGUUCCGCUUGAAAUCUUUGAAGCAAGGACAGUCCCGGAGUCUUCUAACACAAGCAGCUCGGCAUCAUGCUGCUCAGUUGUGCUUCUUCAGGAAGGCUGUCAAAUCUCUUGAGAUAGUUGAACCACAUGUGAAAUUGGUUACUGAGCAGCAACGUAUUGAUUACCAUUUUGCUGGACUUAAAGAUGGUGAUAGUGAUGAUAGCAAUGAUGAGGACGAUAGUGAUGACUAUGAUGAAGAUGGUGAUUAUAAUGUUCGCAAUGAUGGUGAAUUGAGUUUUGACUAUGGACAAAAUGACAAGGUGCCAAAUGUUGUUUCUGCGCUGAGAAGCUCCAUGGAGGAAAAGCUAGAUAAAAACCGUGGGAGGGAUUCUGUGACCUCUGACAGAAAACUUAGGGCUAGCAGCCAGUCAGAACCGCUGUUUGCCGACCAGAAAUUUGAUCGUCCUGAAAAAUUUAGACAACUGAAGCCAUUGUCCUCUCGGAAGUUUACCUCAUAUGUACUUCCCACACCAGUUCAAACAAAGAACUCAAUUUUUGCUGGACCAGAUUCUCAAGUUUCUGGAACAAAACGGCCAACUCUGAGUGGGGAUGCAUUUAGUUACAGGCAUUCAUCUCCUUUAGAACUGAACAAGUAUGAGAAAAUGUUGAGAAAUGAGAAAUUAUCAGGACCUAUUAUCCUUGGUCACCUGUCUGGGCUCAAAGAGAACAAUAAUAAUAUUUCAUCAACUAGCUUACCUCCUCCACUGGCUGAGGAGCUCAAAUCACGGCGGCAUGAUAAAAAUGCUGCUUCUGAUACUAAAAAAAUCAAGAGACAUGCUUUUUCUGGCCCAUUGACAGGUAAAUCAUGGUCAAACAAACCAGGCUUGUCUGCCGGCAGUCCUAUUGUCUCAACAGGACCACACCUUUUUUCUGGACCCCUAUUGCAUACACCAAUGCGUCAAUCAUCACCUCCGAAGCUAUCCCCAAGUUCUUCCCCCACUUUUGUAUCAUCACCUAAAAUAAGUGAGCUUCACGAGCUUCCUAGACCACCAGCCAAUUUAGCAUCUAAGCCUUCUGCAAAACUUCCACCUCAGAUUGGUUAUUCAGCCCCCUUGGUUUCCAAAAGCCAAGACAAUUAUGCUGCAAAUAAAAUGACAUCCAAUGCAGCAUCUCCGCUGCCAAUGCCACCCUCUAUAUCAUCCAGGGAGCAAAAAGAGACCAAGUCACCUGUGUCUGAGCCAUUCAGAAUUCCACAAACCUUGAAGAUGACUGAAGGCAUUGCUUCACCACCUCUAACACCAAUCUCUUUACCAAACUUACAGUCUCCGUCAACUGCAUAGAAAGUAGAGGAACAGGUUCUUGUGCAAAUGGUAACGGCCUAUAUACACAACACAUAUAUAAAUGUUAUGUGACGGGCAAAUAUGUCUCUCAUGAUCAUGCACAAGUGCAAAUCUGUAAAUAUAUUGUUUGUCUACCGUUUAGUUCUUUGUUGAUUCAGUUAAUUUUUCAUGGUGGGUGAAUGCCAUGUAAAAAGUGGUGAAUACUACCAUAUAUACACCAUGGGUUCCAUGGAUAAUGAAUUUUGUAUCUGCUGGAUGCUGACAAAUCAAUAGGUUUCAUUAUCCGUUUA